AGCAACCGGGCCAAUUUGGUUGCUUAGGAGACCUGGCUGGAGUCACUCAGCAUGCCUUGGAUUCAAACUCGCGACUCCAGGGGCGGUAGUCAGCGUCUUUACUUGCUGAGCUACCCAGCACAUUAGCAACAUUAAUUCAGAAUUUAAACAACACAAAUUAAACAUUUUCUACUGCAUAUAUUACUUUAAAUCGAGUGGUUAAAAUAACUUUUUUUACUGACCCAAUAUGGAUUAUACUCAUAGAAUGAGGCAUAAAAUCAUGGAUAGCACAUUUUAAUGUCACAUUAGGGCUGGGCGAUAUGUACAAAAUAUUUUUGCAAUAAAUUGCCUGAAAAAUAUCAGGAUAUCCGAUUACAUCGUCAACCCCCCUGCUGAGGGUCAGAUAAUUUUUUUUUUUUUUCCAUUAUUGAUUUUGCUUUAAAAAUGUUAUUCAUUUAUUGAAACAUGUAAAACUUAAACAAAAUACAUUUAAUUCACAUCAUUUAAUUGCACUUUAAACUAAACGAAAUAAGCAAUAAAAUAACAAAGUGAUCAAAAUAUCUUGUUUAAUCAACCACCUCCCCAAAUCCAAACAUUCACAGUCUCCAACAGCUCCAUAUGCCAUCAUGCAAGCAUCCGUCAACACAGAUGGAAAAUUACUAAUAGCCUACAAAUUAAGAACUUAAGACCGUUACAAAUGUGAAGACAAUAAUAAUCACAAUAAAUAAGCCUAAUAAAUUCCCUUGUGUUCCCAAAAUAAUGCUGCCAAAUGAGUGUUUUAUCGAAUUUGUGUUUGUAUUGCGUUUAGGAAAAGCAGUUAAUGCUGUCUAAAGAAAAGAAAAGAAAACUCAAUUUUAGGUUUAAGGUGAACGUGUCUCGCAUUGCUUUAUGAUUUAAUCACUUUUAAUCACAAUAUUACGCUGCGAGUUUUUCAGGAUAAAUCAGUUUGUGAUUCACUCCAGUUCAGUAGAUGGCGGAAGAACAGUGAGUUGUUUUUAUAACCGCCAAUAAAACAAGAUGAAAGAAGAGCUGAUAGUCCGAGAGCUCAAUUCGAUGUUCAUCAUGAGAGAGCAGGUGGAUGUGAUCUGCUGUAAAUCAGUAGGAACUGAUCUGUCCAUGCUGGAUAUUGAUGAUUUCAUCACAGAAAUCUCUCAGCUAAAGAAAGAGGUGACGUCACUGAAUGCAAAGCUGAAGGAGAGAGACGACAGGAUACAGGAGCUGGAAAAGGUUUCCUGUCAAUCUUCAGUGUGUGUGACUGAUGGGACCUCCACAGAAUGUCAGGAUUCAGUGUGGAGCGGCAGAGAUCAGUCCACACCACAGCGGCUGCUGGACAAACUCUCUGAACAGAGAUCCAGAGACACACAGGACUCACAGCUCACUUUACUCUAUUCUACUGAUGCUCAGGAGAGUGUGUGUGACAGUAAUCAGGGUGAUCAAACCUCCACAGAGUCUCUGACUUCUGUCUGUAACGCUGGAGAACAGCAGAUGCUGCAGACACCAGUGAAGAUUGAAGUGAAGCAGGAGGAGAUAAAAGAAGAAAUCACAGUGGAGGAACAACUGAGUGAUGAAGAUGAUGAUGAACAGCAGAUGCUGCAGAAACCAGUGAAGAUUGAAGUGAAGCAGGAGGAGAUAAAAAAAGAAAACACAACAGAGCAACAACAGAUUGAUGAAGAUGAUGAUGAUUUUAUUUAUUCAGAGCUGAUUGAAGUGAAAGAGGAAAGUCAAGAGCUGAAUGAAGUGGAGGAGAAACCUCAGGAUCUGAAACAUCAUGAUUUAGUAACUAUUGAAGAAUCUUUGAUUGGCUCAAAAACUAACAAGAAUUUCUCACCAGAAAAGAAUCAAAGAAGAGCAGCCAAAAAUACUUUCACCUGCUCCCAGUGUGGAAAGAGUUUCAAAUGUAAAAGCUGGCUUAAUACACACAUGAGAGUUCACACUGGAGAUAAGCCUUACACCUGCCAUCAGUGUGGAAAGAGUUUUGCAUAUGUAUACUAUUUCAAGGAUCAUCUCCGCUCUCAUUCUGGAGAAAGACCAUUUGAAUGUGAUAAAUGUGGUAAAACAUUUGUUUUGGCAUCAUACCUAAAACGACAUCUGAAAGUGCACACAAAUGAGAAGCCUUACAGUUGUUCUUUUUGUGGAAAGAGUUUUGCACACCUGUCCAGUUUAAAAGAGCACCAGACAAUACAUACUGGUGUGGGGGCGCAUAUGUGCUUUGAAUGUGGGAAGAUCUUUACUACAGCUGGCAACUUGAAACGGCAUGAAAUAAUUCAUACUGCAGAGAAACCAUACAAGUGCUCACACUGUGGAAAGAGUUUCACUCUGUCACAAACCUUGAUAAGACACAAGAGAAUCCAUACUGGAGAGAAACCUUACAAGUGCUCACACUGUGGGAAGAGUUUCACACAUUCAGAUAGCCUGAAAACACACGAGAGAAACCAUACUGGAGAAAAACCUUACAAGUGCUCACACUGUGGAAAGCGUUUUACUCAGUCACAAUACCUGAAAUAUCAUGAGAGAAUUCAUACUGGAGAGAAACCUUACAAGUGCUCACACUGUGAAAAGAGUUUCAAUCAGUCAAAUCAUUUGAAAACACACGAGAGAAUCCAUACAGGAGAGAAAUCUUACAAGUGCUCACACUGUGAAAAGAGUUUCAUUGUGUUACAAAGCUUGAAAACACACGAGAGAAUUCAUACUGGAGAAAAACCUUACAUGUGCUCACACUGUGGAAAGAGUUUCACUAAGUCACAAAACCUGAAAACACACGAGAGGAUUCAUACUGGAGAGAAACCUUACAAGUGCUCACACUGUGAAAAGAGAUUCACUAAGUCACAAAACCUGAAAACACACGAGAGAAUUCAUACUGGAGAAAAACCAUACAAGUGCUCACACUGUGGAAAGAGUUUCACUAAGUCACAAAACCUGAAAAAUCACGAGAGAAUUCAUACUGGAGAGGAACCAUACCACUGUUCUUCAUGUGGUAAAAGUUUCAGAGCAGGAAGUGCUCUAUGGAAACAUGUAAAAAAUGAUUGCCCAAGUAAUCAAAGUGAGCUAAAAUCAUCUUCAGGUCUAACAAGAUCAAUCCUAAGAAGAAGAAGAAGAACGAAGAAUUUUCGCUCUCAGUCGGGUUUUUCUGUCUUGUUUUGUUUAUGUUCAGAUUUUCAUCAGGAGUUGAAGAAAGAGGUGAUGAAGACAAAACUGAUGGAGAGAGACAGUUUACAGGAGCUGGAAAAGGUUUCCUGUCAAUCUUCAGUGUGUGUGACUGAUGGGACCUCCACAGAAUGUCAGGAUUCAGUGUGGAGCGGCAGAGAUCAGUCCACACCACAGCGGCUGCUGGACAAACUCUCUGAACAGAGAUCCAGAGACACACAGGACUCACAGCUCACUUUACUCUGUUCUACUGAUGCUCAGGAGAGUGUGUGUGACAGUAAUCAGGGUGAUCAAACCUCCACAGAGUCUCUGACUUCUGUCUGUAACGCUGGAGAACAGCAGAUGCUGCAGACACCAGUGAAGAUUGAAGUGAAGCAGGAGGAGAUAAAAGAAGAAAUCACAGCAGAGGAACAACAGAGAGUUGAAGAUGAUGAUGACCAUCAAAUGCUGCAGACACCAGUGAAGAUUGAAGUGAAGCUGGAAGAGAUAAAAGAAGAAAUCUCAGCAGAGGAACAACAGAGAGAUCAAGAUGAUGAUGAACAGCAGAUGCUGCAGACACCAGUGAAGAUUGAAGUGAAGCAGGAGGAGAUAAAAGAAGAAAACACAGCAGAGGAACAACAGAGAGAUGAAGAUGAUGAUGAACAGCAGAUGCUGCAGACACAAGUGAAGAUGUGUUCAGUGAAGCUGCUGGACUGCAGAAACCUGAUCAAGAUGAGAGGAGAAACCACAGCAGAGGAACAAGAGAGUGAUGAAGAUGAUGAUGAUGAUGAUGAUUUUAUUCCUUCAGAGCUGAUGGAAAUGAAAGAGGAAAGUCAAGAACUGAAUGAAGUGGAGGAGAAACAUCAGCAUCAGAAACAUCAUGAUUUCACAAUUGGAGAAAAAUCUUUUAGUGGCUCAAAGACUAACAAGAAAUUCUCACCAAAAAAGUAUCAAAGAAGAGCAGCCAUGAAAUCUUUCACCUGCUCUCAGUGUGGAAAGAGUUUUGCGUAUAAAUGCCGGCUUAAUAUGCACAUGAGAGUUCAUACUGGAGAGAGGCUUUACACGUGCCAUCAGUGUGGAAAAAGUUUUGCAUGUACAGGCCAUCUCAAAGAUCAUCUCCACCGUCACUCUGGAGUAAGACCAUUUGAAUGUGAUCAGUGUGGAAAAACAUUUGUUGUGGCACAGUAUCUAAAAAAACAUCUGAAAAUGCACACAAAAGAGAAGCCUUUCAAGUGUUCUUUUUGUGGAAAGAGUUUUAAACGCCAGUCCUGUUUUAAAGAGCACCAGAAAAUACAUACCGGUGUGGGGGCUCAUAUGUGCUUUGAAUGUGGGAAGAUCUUUAUUAAAGCCAGGAACUUGACAGAGCACCAAAGAAUUCAUACUGGAGAAAAACCUUACAAGUGCUCACACUGUGAAAAGACUUUCUCUCAGUCACAAAACCUGAGAACACACGAGAGAAUUCAUACUGGGAAAAAAAUGUUUACGUGUUCACACUGUGAAAAGAGUUUCUCUCGGUUAGAACACCUGAAAAGACAUGAGAGAAUCCAUACUGGAGAAAAUCCAUACAAGUGUUCACACUGUGAAAAGAGUUUCAGUCAGUCAGAAACCCUGAUUAAACAUGAGAGAGUUCAUACUGGAGAAAAACCUUACAAGUGCUCACACUGUGAAAAGAGUUUUGCUCAGUCAUACAACAUGAAAAUACACAAGAGAAUUCAUACUGGAGAAAAACCUUACAAGUGCUCACUCUGUGAGAUGAGUUUCUCCUCAUUGCAUAACCUGAAAAAACAUGAGAGAAUUCAUACUGGAGAAAAACCUUACAAGUGCUCACUCUGUGAAAAGAGUUUCUCUCGGUUAGAACACUUGAAAAGACACGAGAGAAUUCAUACUGGAGAGAAACCUUACCACUGCUCUUUAUGUGGGAGGAGUUUCAGCAGAGCAGAUCAGGUAGUUACUCAUAUGAAAAGGUGUUUCUCAAAUGCCGCCAUUGCCAGACAUGCUCCAUCUUUGGCUGACAGGAUGCAUGCUGUUGCCACUGCUGCCAUGACCACAUUUGGGCCAAACUUGUGCUGUAACAUCGGGGAAGUUGUUAUUCCAGAGAAAAUUGAAGUGAAGCAGGAGGAGAUAAAAGAAGAAAUCACAGCAGAGGAACAACAGAGAGAUGAUGAUGAUGAACAGCAGAUGCUGCAGACACCAGUGAAGGUCUGUUCAGUGAAGCUGCUGGACUGCAGGAACCUGAUCAAGAUGAGAGGAGAAACCACAGCAGAGGAAAAACAGAGUGAUGAAGAUGAUGAAGAUUAUGAUGAUUUUAUUCCUUCAGAGCUGAUUGAAGUGAAAGAGGAAAGUCAAGAGCUGAAUGAAGUGGAGGUGAAACUUCAGGAUCAGGAACAUCAUGAUUUAAUAACUAUUGAAGAAUCUUUGAGUGGCUCAAAAACUAACAAGAAUUUCUCACCAGAAAACAAUCAAAGAAGAGCAGCCAAAAAUACUUUCACCUGCUCCCAGUGUGGAAAGAGUUUCAAAUGUAAAAGCUGGCUUAAUAUGCACAUGAGAGUUCACACUGGAGAUAAGCCUUACACCUGCCAUCAGUGUGGAAAGAGUUUCAAAUGUAAAAGCUGGCUUAAUAUGCACAUGAGAGUUCAUACAGGAGAGAGACCUUACACGUGCCAUCAGUGUGGAAAGAGUUUUGCAUAUGUAUACUAUUUCAUGGAUCAUCUCCGCUCUCACUCUGUAUUAAGACCAUUUGAAUGUGAUAAAUGUGGUAAAACAUUUGUUUUGGCACUGAAUCUAAAACGACAUCUGAAGGUGCACACAAAUGAGAAACCUCACAAGUGCUCACUCUGUGGAAAGAGUUUCACUGUGUUACAAACCUUGAAAACACAUGAGAGAAUCCAUACUGGAGAAAAACCAUACAAGUGCUCACACUGUGGAAAAACUUUCACUCAGUCACAAUGCCUGAAAAAACAUGAGAGAAUUCAUACUGGAGAAAAACCUUACAAGUGCUCACUCUGUGGAAAGAGUUUCAUUGUGUUACAAAGCUUGAAAACACACAAGAGAAUCCAUACUGGAGAAAAACCUUACAAGUGCUCACACUGUGGAAAGAGUUUCACUAAGUCACAAUACCUGAAAAAUCAUGAAAGAAUUCAUACUGGAGAAAAACCUUACAAGUGCUUACUCUGUGGAGAGAGUUUCACAGUGUUACAAAGCUUGAAAACACAUGAGAGAAAACAUACUGGAGAAAAACCUUACAAGUGCUCACACUGUGGAAAGAGAUUCACUAAGUCACAAAACCUGAAAAAUCAUGAGAGAAUUCAUACUGGAGAAAAACCUUACAAGUGCUCACUCUGUGGAAAGAGUUUCAUUGUGUUACAAAGCUUGAAGACACACGAGAGAAACCAUACUGGAGAAAAACCUUAUAAGUGCUCACACUGUGGGAAGAGUUUCACUAAGUCACAAAACCUGAAAAAUCAUGAGAGAAUUCAUACUGGAGAAAAACCUUACAAGUGCUCACUCUGUGGAAAGAGUUUCAUUGUGUUACAAAGCUUGAAAACACACGAGAGAAAACAUACUGGAGAAAAACCUUACAAGUGCUCACACUGUGAAAAGAGUUUCACUCAGUCACAAUAUCUGAAAAAUCACGAGAGAAUUCAUACUGGAGAAAAACCUUACAAGUGCUCACUCUGUGGAAAGAGUUUCACUGUGUUACAAAGCUUGAAAACACAUGAGAGAAACCAUACUGGAGAAAAACAUUACAAGUGCUCACACUGUGAAAAGAGUUUCACUCAGUUACAAUACUUGAAAAAUCACGAGAGAAUUCAUACUGGAGAAAAACCUUACAAGUGCUCACACUGUGGUAAGAGAUUCACUGUGUUACAAAGUUUGAAAACACAUGAGAGAAACCAUACUGGAGAAAAACCUUACAAGUGCUCAUACUGUGAAAAGAGUUUCACUCAGUCACAAUACCUGAAAAAUCACGAGAGAAUUCAUACUGGAGAAAAACCUUACAAGUGCUCACUCUGUGGAAAGUGUUUCAGAGCAGCAAGUGCUCUAUGGAAACAUGUAAAAAAGUAUUGCCCAAUUAGUCACAGUGAGCAAAAAUCAUCUUCAGGUCCAACAAGAUCAAGUAAAUAGCUGGAAAUUCUGAUAAACCCAAAGACACUGAUAUCACAUGUACAUCACCUAGAUAUCUAUUUGAUAUGUGUGUUUACAUCUGGAAGACUUAUUUUUUAGUUAUUUGUUCAUCUGCAAUAUGUCUGUUAGAUAUUUCCUCUUGGAUGUCAGUAAGACAUUAAGCAGAUGUAUUUGAGGUGUUUAUGAUUUAGAAUGUUUGUAAAUCUGAUCUUUUAAAGAUGUUUAGCAGAUGUUUAUUGGGGGGCUUUCACACUGGCAGUUUAAUCCAAAACAGAGCAUGGUUUGCAUGAAAAAUGUGUAAUGUGAAAGCUGUUUUGCAGACCAGGCAGUGGACCAUGGUACCGAACCUGACACUACCUGCAGGAGGUGGUCUGAUUGAUGACGAUACGGAAAAGCAACGGGGUACGACAGAAUCAUGAGUAGUCUGAAAUAGGAAUGGGUAUUUUGGUCAUUUUGUCUACUCGAGUACUCGGACUAAUUACUCAUUGAGUACUCAAGGGGCAAUGACAAGUACAUAACUAUAUAUAUAAAACAUGUCUGACAAACGUCUUUGGUUGCUGAAUUGCGUCUUGUUGUUCCAGUGUAAUGUCUAUUCAUUUUUAUAGUCUGUUAUAAAAUAAUCUGUUACAAAAUGUACAAAAGUUUGCAUAAUCAAAAUAUAAUGCAUCAUAUUUUGUCAUUAUGUGAAGGCUCGCUGCCCAACUAAAUGAAAGAAUGGACUUGAUGUGCAUCUGUCUGUUCUUCCUUCAGAUUACCGUAGUAAUCUUAGUAAGUGCACACCAGUUUUUUCGUGACUGUCUGAACCAUCUAUUUUGAUAUCGCUUUCAGUUUUGAAGAUGCUGCAUUCUGUUCCAUUUAGCUGCGCUCUGUCUAGCUGUUUGAAACACUCGCUUGCUUUAAAUGCGUUGAGUCCACUGCGACGCACCUGGUGUGUGUGUCCAAGUGUUUGCUCUUGUAGGAAAGCCCCAAUACUCCGUAUUGUUGCUGUGAUAAUUCAUGAAGUGUUCCAUUCAACUCGGAGAGUCUGAAUUUUCACCUUUCAACUGGGGAAAGUGCAAUGGAAUGACACUUUAUGUCGGACUUCUUACUUGAAAACUGGUGCGGAAAUCUUCAGUUCCCAUUUCAUCGAGAUGCAGGUGUGUGUUACGUCACUUAGGGCAGGGAGGUUUACAUUCAGUAACAAACAUUCACUUUAAGUGAAUAAUAUCCAUUAACAUGUCAAAGUUCUAAAAUUAAAUAAUAAUAAAACGUGUUUAGCAAACAUUUUGCAGAGACAGGUGUUCAAAAUUCAGUUAAUUACACUUUCUUUGUUUUGAUUAUCUUAAGAAAGCAUUGCAGCAUCGUAUAUUGGUUUGGUUGCUAUGAGAUGUCUCUUACAAUCAAUGUACCCCUCAAAACUACAAUGUAAUCAAUCUCAAAAUUAAAAAUAAGCUCCCUCUUUGACAUGUUUGUGUUUAGUUGUCACUGAAUUUCGAAUUAAGUGAAAAGUCUCAUCAUGCGUGAUCACCAUCGAUCAUCGUUUUCAUGAUCGAUCAUUGCUGCCAUGUCCAAGUACCCGAGCACUCGAGUACCCAUGCCCAUCCCAAGUUGGUCUGAAACCAGAUCAAUGCUGCAGGGUGCAUUGGGAACAAUCGCACUCGGAUUCGGACAUCAGCAGUAGUAAAUAUUAUAUACCGAAUGACAAAAUAUGAUUUAUGACCCUAUGAUUUAUGGCCUAACACCUUUGACCUAUGCUUCCUCUUCCUUCCUCCGGCUGUUGUACAGGAUAUAUUUACACCAUAUGUUUGGUCAGGUGUUAUGAUAUUCCCACACUGUAGCCAACACCACCCCUCCCUAUUGUACCAUCUGUUAAUUUAAAUGUGUUUAAAUUAUGCAUCUUUAAUGGUGUACAAUGCUUGGUAGAUAACUGUGGUGACAAAAUAAUGCUUGGUAUAAAAAAACAAUUUCUCUCAACUCGAACUCAAUAAUAGUGAUUGAUUAAAUAAUACAAUGUUGUAAUCACCAAGAUGUUUUUUUUUUUUUUUUAACAAUGACGAAGUAAUAU